AGCAUUUUCACUCCAAUUUAGUAAUUGAGGCAUUUUGAACAUUAAUUCAAUACAUCUUCGAAGCUCUCGAGUUAUGGCGAGCCACCAGACGCAGGGCAUCCAACAGCUCUUGGCUGCGGAAAAAAGGGCAGCAGAAAAGGUUGCCGAAGCCAGAAAACGCAAGACGAAAAGAAUAAAGCAGGCGCGGGAUGAGGCCCAACAAGAAGUCGAAUUGUAUCGCAAGGAAAGGGAAAGAUUGUUCAAGGAAUACGAGGCAAAAUACAUGGGAAAGCGGGAAGAUACGGCGGCAAAAAUAGAUCGUGAAACUGAGAAACAAAUCGAACAACUUUCGGGGAACGUCCUUCAAAACAAGGAUCAAUUAAUUCAAGAUUUGAUCGAGUUGGUGUGUGAAGUAAACCCUGAGGUACACCCAAAUUUUCACAUUAUGAGGACAUUUAACAUGAUUUAGAUGUUAUAAUGACGUUAUUUAGAUGUUAUAUGGAUGUUAUAUAUAUUUUAAACCACAAAUAAAGUUACUUUAGUUUUCCUAUUAA